CAGCGACGGCGGCUGGGAGGCGGGAGGGCUUCCGGGGCGGUCGGCCCGGGUGCUGAGUGCUGCUGUCAUGGCGGCCGCUCGGUGGGGCCUCUUCUCCGUCUUACUGCUGCUGCUAUCAGGGGAUGCCCAGAGCUCGGAGGUGCCCGGGGCUGCUCCGAGGGGUCGGGUGGGAGUGGGGGCCGAGGGUUCGGGUGGGAGUGGGGUCGGCAUAGGAGAUCGCUUCAAGAUUGAAGGGCGUGCAGUUGUUCCCGGGGUGAAGCCGCAGGACUGGAUCUCCGCGGCCCGAGUGCUCGUAGAUGGAGAAGAGCACGUCGGCUUCCUUAAGACAGAUGGGAGUUUUGUGGUUCAUGAUAUACCUUCUGGAUCUUAUGUAGUGGAAGUUAUAUCUCCAGCUUACAGAUUUGAUCCCGUCCGAGUGGAUAUCACUUCAAAAGGAAAAAUGAGAGCAAGAUAUGUGAAUUACAUCAAAACAUCAGAAGUGGUCAGACUGCCCUAUCCUCUCCAAAUGAAAUCUUCAGGUCCUCCUUCUUACUUUAUUAAGAGAGAAUCAUGGGGCUGGACAGACUUUCUGAUGAACCCAAUGGUUAUGAUGAUGGUUCUCCCAUUGUUGAUAUUUGUGCUGCUGCCCAAAGUGGUUAAUACAAGUGAUCCUGAUAUGAGGCGGGAAAUGGAGCAGUCGAUGAAUAUGCUGAACUCCAACCAUGAGCUACCUGAUGUUUCUGAGUUCAUGACAAGACUCUUCUCUUCAAAAUCUUCUGGCAAAUCCAGCAGUGGUGGCAGCAAAGCAGGCAAAAGUGGAGCUGGCAAAAGGAGGUAGUCAGGUGGUCCCGAGCUGGCGUUCGCACAGAUAUGCAACACUGGGUGGCAACCAAGUCUUGAGGAAAAACCUUGUGAAGCAACUACUGUAAACUUGAGUCAUCCUGAAAGCUGAUCUCUUCCCACCGUUGUACAUGUUAACUUUUUAGCACAUGUUUUGUACUUGGUACACGAGAAAACCCAGCUUUUCACCUUUUGUCUGUAUGAGGUCAAUAUUGAUGUCACUGAAUUAAUUACAGUGUCUUAUAGAAAAUGACAUUAAUAAAUUAUAUGAAGUACUAUACAUUAUGUAUAUUAAAAUAAGUCUUAAUCGAGAAAUCA